AUGAAGAUCGGUACUCAUGAUGGUGUUUUUCAUUGUGACGAAGUUCUCGCUUGCUGUAUGCUUAAACGUCUUCCUGAGUAUGAAGAUGCUGAUAUAAUUCGGACCAGAGAUAUGACGAAGUUAAUUGAUUGUGACAUAGUUGUUGACGUUGGCGCCGUUUUUGAUCACUCGAAGAAGCGUUAUGAUCAUCACCAGCGAGAGUUUAAUGAAACUUUAAGUACAUUGAAACCAGAAUUGGGAGAGAGGUAUAAAGUCAAACUCAGCUCUGCAGGUCUUGUGUAUGCUUACUAUGGUGAAAGAGUAAUUCGCACUGUUGAACCUAAGGAUGCACCAUUAACUGAUGAGAAUUUGAAAGUCAUUUAUAAAAAGGUUUAUGAAAACUUAAUAGAGGAGAUAGAUGGCAUAGACAAUGGUGUUCCAAUGACUAAAGAAGAGCCGCUGUACAAAAUCCGUACACACUUAAGCGCACAAGUUGGUAGAUUAAAUCCAGAAUGGAAUAGUAAACAAAUAAUUAACGUCGAUGAAAUUUUUAAAAAAGCAAUGGAUUUGGUUUUAAAAGAAUUUCUUUAUACAGUCAACUAUUCCAUAUCAGUUUGGUUGCCAGCAAGGGAUUUCGUUAAAUCUGCUUUAGAAAGGAGAUUCGAGGUGCACGGUUCAGGGCAGAUAUUAGAGUUUACAGAAAGAUUCCCCUGGAAGGAGCAUUUGUUUGAUUUGGAGACGGAAAUGGGCAUUGGACAUGAAAUCAAAUAUGUACUUUUCAAUGACAAGCCGAAAUCAUGGAGAAUACAAGCGGUGCCUAUUGAUCCGAUUAGCUUUGUAUUAAGGUAUGUCGUGUAA